CACUACUUUCUGUGCGCUAAUCUUCAGCGCCAUUUCUCAUUUACAAAGAGUACUGUCACAUUGAUAUGCAACGCCUCUGAACUGACCUUUCAGGUUGAAGAUGUCUGACGGAGACCAGAACACAUUCACUGUAUUCGAUACAGAUACAAACCAGCCUUUAACGGUGACAGUAGCACCCUCUGGUGCUGGUGGUGAUGAUGGACAAACACAGGGCAUCCAAUACAUAACACAGGAUGGGGUACAUGUGUCACACAUACCACAGGGUGCAGAGGUUGUUCAGGCAUCAGAGCCUCAGUCUAUCUACACAACCCUUGCCAACACCCCUGUUCCCACACCUGCUUCACAGAUUAUUGCCAACACCAAUACUGUGGUACAAAAUGUGGUGCAGCAGCCAGCCAACAUUAUCCAGGCACCACAGCCUGUAGGCACACCAGUUGGCACAGGAACCACAGCCCUGAACAACAUGGGGGUCCCACAAAUGUUGUUUUUAAACCAAGUCACCAUCAAUGGACAGACAUCAUUUGUUUUGGUGGAUGCAAACAAUAAACCUGUGCAGCUGCCUCAGGGUAUUCAAGUGAUAAACUUACCCACACAGCAGGCAGGAGGUCAACAGCUUCCGGUGGCUGGCAAUGACUCAGGUGAAGAGCCCCUCUAUGUCAAUGCUAAACAGUAUCACAGAAUUCUAAAACGACGCCAGGCAAGGGCAAAGCUCGAAGCACUUGGCAAGAUUCCAAAGGAACGACAGAAAUACUUAUAUGAAUCUCGUCAUAGGCAUGCAUUAAACAGACAGCGAGGGUUAGGCGGCGUGUUCGUCAAAGGUGCGAAAGGUGAAAUGGAGAUACCAGGAAUUGAUAAUGGUCAUGUUGCGAACGAUAAUAUAAGCACACCAGUCAGGAGCCGAACACCAGUGGCCAUAGCUCCACAGCCCAAUAAUGUGUCAAACUCUUUAUCUCAGAUCUCAUCCACGCUACUUCCACAAACUCUCUCUGCAAAUCUAGGCAAUGUGAUGACGAAUAUUUCACUUGGUCAGCAGCUUGGACAGCAACUGGUGAAUCCCACAUCUCUGGCACACAUAACCAGCAAUGGCGAAGGAGGAUUGGACCACCAGGCCAGUUCAAACAGCAUCCUUAAUUCAUUAUCAACGUAAACCUGUGUUGAUCAACGUCAUUUUGUAGUCAUAAUUUGAAUAAAUUUAUUCCGAUCAAUUUACAUUGUGGAAAUCUACAGCCUUAAUAAUGACAGACUGUGGAGAUAAAAUCAUUGACCAUGAGGAACUGAAAUGUCAUUACCUUGGUGUUUCAUUCAGGUGGAGCUGAAAGAAAAACAGCAAAAAACACUUUUUAUAUAAUUUUGCUCGGUUUUUGUAAUGGAAAAGAAGUGGCCAGUGAAUCAACACUAUGUUUUUGUCCUUUUCUGUAGAGAUUUUCUGUAUAUUAAAAUUUCUUCUGAUGACGAAGGUUGUAAA